UGCCGCUGAGGCAGCGCUGAUAAGAGCGCGCGCUCCUCCUGCUGUCGCACACAGGUGAAGUGUGGAGGCAGCGGAGUGUCUCUCAAGAUGCUGAUAAAUUAGUCCGAGUUUGGCGAGAAAAAAAUACAGAGGAGCAACGCAAAGUUAUCUACUGAAAGGACUCUUCUCUCACAAAAAGGGCAUCAGCCUCUCUCUCUCCAGCUGCCAGCAUGAUGAAGGACUGCCUGCAGUUCCUUAUCGAGCCGGCCAAAAAGCUCAAGAUCCGACUCAAGGAGUCUCGUAAGCGAGUGAAGCUCGAGAAGAAAGAGCCGCUGGUGGAAAGUCAAUUAUUUAUUAUGGAAUUGGCCCGAGAACUCAACAAAAUUUGCCAGAGGUCAAGCAUCCUCGGCCAUAUCUGGACCAGCGAGGACAUCUGGCCCGCAAGCGUGUGUCGCGACUUCAUCGUAGAAUGGGCUGCUGUGCUGGAGACGAGAGUGCAGCCUAGAAUCACCCCGUCUGACUACCAGUAUGAGAAGCCGGAGAAGAAGGACUGGAAGGGGCACCUCCUCUGCAUCCUGGAGGCAGGGGGGGAGUGUGACAUGGGGCCUCAUAAAAGGGUCAUCAUGGACUGGACACGGGAGAUUAAAAGCAGGCCUCAGCCCACCGUCUGGCCAGGCGAGCCUGUGCUCAUGAUGCUCGACGACCUGGAGUUCCAGUGGAAGAGGGGCCGUCUGCCCAACCUGCUCCCAGCCGUGGAGCUCAUCAUACUGGCUGUGUUGAACGCUGACAACCCUGUCAAGGAGGAUGUGACUAAGCAGUGGCUGAUGAGAAAGCAGAAGAGCCAGAGGACUGACGCUGUCCGAUACAUCCCCCACAGCGUGUGGAAUUGGAUUUGUGAUGCAGCAGAGGACGUCACCCUGGAUUCAGAGUCAGCCAACCCAGACCUGCUCAUCUCCAGUGAUGAGAAGCGCAUGCGGUGCGGUCUGGAGCGCCAGGAUGUCCCGCAGUGCCAUCAGCGCUUUGAUGGAUGGUGGUGCGCAGUGGGCCAGGAGGGCUACGUCUCCGGACGCCACUACUGGGAGGUGGAGGUGGGCGAGCGGGACUGGCGGUUGGGUGUGGCCAAGGCAUCCGCUGUGAGGAAAGGCUUCCGCUCACUCAACACAGAUACAGGCUACCUGACCCUCCGUCUGGAGAGGGGCACGGAUCUGAAAGCUCUAACAGUGCCCGCCACCUCGCUGCCACAAAGCCUGGUGCCCAGGAAAGUCGGAGUGUACCUGGACUAUGAGCAGGGUCAGCUGUCCUUCUAUGAUGUGGAGAAACGCUCCCACCUGUACACCUACAACGAGAACUUCACAGAGGAACUGUACCCCGUGUUCGGGACUGUGGAGGUGGUCAAAGACCUGGUGAUCAGGCCUGCAGACGUCAGACAGCCGUGCCUCUGCCCCGGGCCCUGCCUCUGGAACUGAACUGCUUAACACACAACACUCUUCAGUUCAGUCAUGAUCCCCAGCAACCCACUGAGUCUGUGCGUUUAUUCUGGUCCAUUAAUAUUUGAAUCCUGUUUGUUUGUUUGUUGUUCUGGGCUAGAAGUCUGACUCAGUUUGCGGGUUGCCUUGUGAGAUCAGGAACAAGAACCAAGAAUCGUUCUGCAUUACACUUUCUGUUACUCUGCCUUCAUGGAGACAUAUUGGUGACUGUUUGUAUUGUAAAGAUUCAUAUUUUAAUGCUGUAAAGUCAAAAUCUCAAAAACAGCCUUGUUUUUAGCUGACUGGCAAAGUUUUUUUGUACUGUCCAAUAAGGUUUGAAAUAGUUUUAGAUGUCCAAAAGAUUGUUGGAAUUUCAUAUGCUACAAAGAACCUAUCUUGUCUUUUUCAUUUUGGUGUUAAGAUAUAAACAACAUAACUGGAGUUGCAAGGUUUUCACAACAGUGGUAUGAAAAUGUAUUUUUUGGUUUUGGAUUUUUAUUAUUAAUGCUUAGAGAUUUAAAAAAACUUGCAAACUAACAUCAGAAAAUGUAAAUGUGUUAUAAGAGCAUGAAGGCACUGUGAAAGAAUGUGCGACCAGCUUACUUAGAGCCUCGGUGCAGUUACACAGUGCUGUUAUUGAGGGCUUGCCAACAUGCACAUGCAGAUAAUUACAGCCUGGGUUAACGCAUGUGAACAGUUGAUUCUCACUCUGUUUGCUUCUUUGUCUCAAGCUUCCUGCAAAGAUUUUUUUGUCAGGCACGAGCUUGUUUUCGCAGCUGUGUUUAUUUUUAUGUGUGGAAUAUUAAGAUGGUAAUGUUUUUUUCCUCCAAACACCAAUAAAUGAACUGUAAAUGCUC